AUGAACAGACUGCAGAAAAAUGAUAUUCAGAAUUCAGGAAGAUCCCAGCAGCAGACACAGGAAGAUUACCAUAUGCAGGAACAGGCACAAAACCUAACAACAAACACCAGCAACUCAAUGUCUCGGAGAAAGGAGUCAACUACCUGCACAACAGGUGCAGCUAAUAAGGCGGAAUUAACUCAUCACUGGCAAUAUCCCAUAAAUCCAGACAGAAUGGUGCCUCGACAGCAACACCCGGUGGUGGACACACAAUACUACACUAUUCUUGAUGGGUUCCCCGAGCCCGUAGGUGACUCUCCAGAUUCUACCCAGCCUGGAGGAUCCAGUGUCCUUCAAGGAUCUGGACUAUGCAAAUGGUUCAACGUAAGAAUGGGCUUUGGCUUCCUCACCAUGACCAAAAAAGAAGGAGAUGAUCUGGAGAUACCUGUAGAUGUCUUUGUACACCAGAGCAAAUUGCACAUGGAAGGCUUCCGCAGCUUGAAGGAGGGGGAGUCUGUGGAAUUCACUUUCAAAAAGUCUUCAAAGGGCUUGGAAUCCACAAGAGUGACAGGGCCAGAGGGAGCCCCCUGCAUAGGAAGUGAGAGGAGACCUAAAGUAAAAGGGCAGCAGAAAAGGAAGCCAAAGGGAGACAGGUGCUAUAAUUGUGGAGGGCUGGAUCACCAUGCCAAGGAAUGUAAUUUGCCUCCACAGCCCAAGAAAUGCCACUUCUGCCAAAGUACCAGUCAUAUGGUGGCACAAUGUCCUGAAAAAUGCAUACAGCCUAUCAAUUCACAAGGGAAACUUGACAAUGAGGAGUCAAGCCCUGCACGUGUGGAGUAGCCAAACCACAUUAGGCUAAGUGCACACUACAAGAUUUGUCUGCCAAUGAAU